AAUCAAUGCUACAAAACAGUACUCACUCCGAUAUUUUGCACCAAAUGGAGUAUUUGAUUUUUAAAAUUAAAGUAAAAAUUUUGUUAGACAAACACAUAAAUUUGUAUUGUAUUUUUCCGAUGAGAUAUUUUAAAGUAAAAGCAAAAGAGAAGUGGAGGUAUCAGCUGAGUUGAGGAUGAAUAGAGCAACACCUGUACGGAGCUCCCAUACCACCACCGCCGAUCUGCUCACCUGGUCGGAGGUUCCGCCGUCCUCUAACUCUUCCUCUGUCGCCGCUUCCCGCAGUGCUUCUCGUUCUCAUCAGCCUUCUGAUGGAAUUAGUAAGGCUGUGUUUGGUGGUCAGUUAACUGAUGAAGAAGCUGAUAGCUUGAACAAACGCAAACCUUGUUCAGGGUAUAAACUGAGGGAGAUCAGUGGCAGCAAUAUAUUUUCUGAUCAUGAUGAAGAUGGUAAAUCAGAAUCUGGAACUGAUGAUGGUAAUUUUACUAACAGGACAUCAGUGCGCAUUGUUCAGCAAGCUGCAAAUGGAAUAAGCCAAAUUUCAUUCAGUACUGAAGAAAAUGUUUCCCCAAAGAAGCCUAUCACUCUGACCGAAGUGGCAAAGCAACGUGAGUUGAGUGGAAAUUUAGAAAUUGAGUCAGAUAUCAAAGUCAAGAAGCUGCUAUCAGAUGCAAAGACAAAGGAGCUUAGUGGAAAUGAUAUUUUUGGCCCUCCUGAAGAAGUUCCUCCUAGAUCCCUGGCUGCUGCACGUUCGAUGGGGUCGAAAGAAAGCAAAGACAUGGGUGAACCUGCUCCACGAACUGUACGCACAUCUGUUAGGGUUUCUAAUCCUGCUGGUGGUCAAAGCAAUAUCUUGUUUGGGGAUGAACCUGUUGUCAAGACAACAAAGAAAAUACAUAACCAGAAGUUUGCAGAAUUGACAGGCAAUGACAUUUUCAAGGGAGAUACUCCUCCUGGAUCGGCGGAGAAGACACUGAGCAGUGCUAAGCUGAAAGAAAUGAGUGGUAAUGAUAUAUUCUCUGAUGGAAAAAUUGAAUCUAGGGAUCACUUUGGCGGUGUGCGCAAACCACCUGGUGGAGAAAGCACUAUCAGAUUAGUGUAAUGUCAUCAAAUGGCUCUUAUGUUGACCGGCAGUGCCACAUUGCAGUUGCUUUCUGACUAGUUAGAACGUCUGGCAGUUAGGAUUGAGGAUUGUAAAAUUUGAUGUGUCAAUACUCUUAAUUUGUGACAAAAUGCAGUGUGUUUCUCUGCUUAACUGUUGUAGGAGUUUAUAGGUUAGCAAUAACCCAUUCUAUUUGCCGAUGGUUUGAUCAGUUGAUCUAUGAUGGGUCCUAUCUGAUAUUGAAUUAGUA